AGCUGCCGGUGCCGCUUCCGGCCGGGCCUGCCCGGGUCGCUGGAGCCUCCUCCGGCGGGCGGGGCCGGUUGCGGGGCCGGUUGCGGGGCCGGCCUUGCCUGGCUCGUCCUCUGGGGACUGCAGUGGAAGUUUUCUCAGAUACAUGUGCUGGUGCUACUAAAAUUAUCCCUAACUGAAGAUGCAUCCAGACCUGUCUCCUCAUCUGCACACUGAAGAAUGUAACCUAGUUAUCAGUCUGCUCAAGAAGUGUCACAAGGAGCACAACAUUUUGAAAUUUUUUGGCCAUUGCAAUGAUAUUGACCGGGAGAUGCGGAAAUGCCUAAGGAAAGAGUAUGAAGAAAACAGAGCCAGGAACCAGGAGGUGCGACGGAGGGUAAUUAAUGCUCACAAAAACUCAGAGAAGUGAGCUGAGCUGUGCUUGGACAGCUGCAUCUCCGUGGGGACACUCAGUUGAAGGUGGACAGAAUACUUAUUUCCAUCAUCAAUGCUCAGCCUGUGGUUUGUGAAAGGAUAAAAAAAUAAGUGAACCUAAUACAUACUCAUUCUGAGCAAGGCAGACAACAUGGAAAAAAAUAAAUAUAAUAAAUGAACACUCACAACUUAUUUUUUGACAUCUAAGAGAAACAAGUCUCUGUUUUGGCAUAGUUUUGUCAUGAUUGUUAAGUAAUGAGGAACUGGUGUGUGCGCAAUAUUCCGUAGUAGAGGCUGCUGUAUUCCCUACCUUCUGUUGAAUUGCAUUUAUUUCUUUGUGUUUACCAGUUCCACUUUCAUAUCUUGUUUUCUGUUUUGGUUUGUUUUUUUCUUUCCAAAAGACUGCAUUACUUUUUCCAUCAGUCUUUGUGGUGUUGUGGUAACACUGCUUAAAUGAAUUAGCAGCAAGAAAUUUUAAACAGAUGUGGCUUGAAAUUGGAAAUUGCCAAUCAAGUAAUAAUUGGAGUUCUAGUAUUUUUAUUGGAGCUGAAAUGAUGAAACUACCAUCUUUCACUGAGAAGACUGAGAAUCCUUCUUGCCAAAUGUAUGUACAGUGUACACUGUUGUAAGACAAUUUGUUCAUCAUACCCAAAGCAAGCUGCUUUAGAAAUUCAGAAUGGAACAUUUCCAGGGAUUUACAAAGCUUUGCUUUGAUUUUUGUUGAGUACAAUCAAUGUGUGCUGAGUGAUUUUUUGAAGAGGAGUGCUGCCAAAAAUAAAAGCUAAAUAGUUCUUCCACACACUCUGGUAAAAAGAUGAAGUUAUGACUAUUGCUGCUGAAGGAGAAUUCAUGUUGCAGUGAAAGUAAGUGUGACUGGCCUUUCAGUUAGGCAAGGCAACUAGUAUUGUGUUAACCAGGUUGCCUUGUUGGCGUACAAGAGCAGUUUAUUUGCUGUGAAACUGCAGAAGGUUCUCAAGUCUCUGAAUUCAGAUUUGAUACUAAAACAUAUGUUGGUUUGUGCAGGGAUGGAGCUACUUCUCCUGAGUGUAUACUGGAUUCACCUUAUUUUAAAAUUACUUUUCUGUUCUACUUAGCAACAAAAGACUAUUAAAAUAUCCUUGAGCCAAAUAUACUAAUUGUCUUUAACAUUUUCAAAAAAGGGUGCCUAUCUACAGUGACUUCUAUAGUUUGUUGCUUGACCCAUUGCUGGACACUUGAGUACAUGCACCUGUUUUUUCAAAAAAGGCUGCUUUUUGUGAUCUGUUUUGAAAGAUUAAUUAGAAUAGUUUUACUUAUUUUUUAAUACCUGGCUAGACCCAGUUAAACUGGUAAAACGUAACCGCAAAUGGUUUUGGUGGAAUUCGAAGAAAAACGGAAGCAAUUGUUUCUGCAUCAUUUGACACACUGUCUGCUUUCUUGCAACAAGUAAAUGAUGUGUCCUUUCAAUUAAAUACUUGAGUGGUUGCAA